AUGACUGAACUUGCAAAGAAAGUAUCGCUUACCCAGGCAAUUGUUUCUAUGCGUGAACUUUUUCCUUCAGAAUAUAGUUUUUAUCCACAAAGUUGGAUUCUUCCUGCACAAUUAAAAGAAUUUAGUGAUUAUUGCCUAACUUUUGAGGAAGAAAAUAAUAAAUGUUUUAUUGUUAAACCAGAUGAUGGUGCUCAAGGAACUGGCAUUUAUUUAAUUAGUUCACCAUCAGAAUUAUUGCAAACAAAUUCCAAUCGUCAACUUAUUCAAGAAUAUAUGCCUGAUCCCUAUCUACUUUCUGAUGGAUUGAAAUUUGAUUUACGUGUUUAUGCAGUUAUUCGAAGCCUUAAUCCUUUAUCAAUUUAUGUAGCCAGGGAAGGAAUGGCUCGUUUUUGUACUGAAAAAUAUCCGGGAAUGCCAACUAAAGAAAAUUUUUCUAAUCUUUAUGCACAUUUAACUAAUUAUUCUUUAAAUAAAGCAAAUAAUGCUUAUAUUCACAGUAAAUCAUUAAAAGAACAACUUAAAGGAAGUAAAAGACUACUUUCUACUGUUUUUCACCAAAUGGAACACAAAGGAGUGAGAACUCGUCGUUUAUGGCGUGAAAUUAAAUUAAUUAUAGUAAAGACGGUGUUAGCAAUGGUUCCAGAAUUAAUGCUUAAUUAUGAACAUCAUUUUUGUGAAUUUAAAUAUCAGGCACCUCAAUGCUUUCAAAUAAUUGGUCUAGAUAUUCUUGUACGGCAAGAUGGCACCCCUAUUCUUCUCGAAGUUAACUCAUCACCUUCAUUAAGCGUUGACCACAUUUUGGCACAAAAUGAGAAUAUUUGGAUAGAAAAUUCAGAAAUCCCUCCACUACUUAAUAUACCAGAACAACCUGUUAGAUCUGUUGUUGAUGAAGUAUUCCCAAUAAAUUAUGGACAAACAAGUAAACAUUUGUUAGUUUUAGAUAAAGCAGUUUAUUUAUAUUUGCAAUUUUGUAAUAUAAAACAAACACUUCUUAUUUCAUUACCAGCAAUUCGUGCCUUUAUUAGGUAAUUUAGUUAUGUUUUUGUUUCCUUCUUUCUCCCCCGAAUUUUCAUAUUUUUGACGUAAAGGAAAGAUUACUGUGUGUGAUUGUUGUUUAUAUUUUUGGAUUAAGGGGCCU